CUCUGUGCUGGGGAGGAAGCCGCUGUCUCCGGCGCGGUCUUCUGAGGCUGCAGCUGGUUGGUGCGCCGACCCGGGCCGCGGCUGCAGCUUCCUCCACGUGCUUUCGGCGGCGACAUGGAGCUGGAAGAGUUAGGAAUCCGAGAGGAAUGUGGCGUGUUCGGGUGCAUCGCCUCAGGAGAGUGGCCCACGCAGCUGGAUGUGCCGCAUGUGAUCACGCUGGGACUCGUGGGGCUGCAGCACCGGGGUCAGGAGAGUGCUGGCAUUGUGACCAGUGAUGGCAGUUCAGUGCCAACGUUCAAAACACACAAGGGAAUGGGUCUUGUAAAUCACGUCUUCACAGAAGACAAUUUGAAGAAAUUAUAUGUUUCAAAUCUUGGAAUUGGGCACACGAGGUACGCCACUACAGGAAACUCUGAAUUGGAAAAUUGUCAGCCCUUUGUUGUUGAAACGCUUCAUGGGAAAAUAGCUGUGGCACAUAAUGGUGAAUUGGUAAAUGCCGCUCGGUUAAGGAAAAAGCUUCUGCGCCAUGGCAUUGGCCUGUCAACAAGUUCUGAUAGUGAAAUGAUCACCCAGUUACUGGCAUAUACCCCUCCCCUGGAACAAGACGACACUCCAGACUGGGUAGCCAGGAUUAAAAACUUGAUGAAGGAAGCGCCCACGGCAUACUCCCUGCUUAUCAUGCACAGAGAUGUGAUUUAUGCCGUGCGAGACCCUUACGGAAAUCGUCCUCUGUGCAUUGGCCGCCUUAUUCCAGUUUCUGAUAUUAAUGAUAAAGAGAAAAAAACCUCAGAAACAGAAGGAUGGGUAGUGUCUUCAGAAUCUUGUAGCUUUUUAUCGAUUGGUGCAAGGUACUACCGUGAAGUCUUGCCUGGAGAAAUUGUGGAAAUAUCCAGACAUAACGUUCGAACUCUUGACAUUAUACCAAGAUCUGAAGGAAACCCAGUGGCUUUUUGUAUCUUUGAAUAUGUGUAUUUUGCAAGACCAGAUAGUAUGUUUGAAAACCAAAUGGUCUAUACAGUCCGGUACCGUUGCGGUCAGCAGCUGGCAACUGAAGCCCCGGUGGAUGCAGAUCUGGUCAGCACGGUCCCAGAGUCGGCUACGCCCGCUGCCCUUGGUUAUGCAGCUAAGUGUGGACUGCCCUACGUGGAGGUGCUGUGUAAAAACCGGUACGUGGGAAGAACCUUCAUUCAACCAAACAUGAGGUUAAGACAGCUGGGCGUGGCCAAAAAAUUCGGAGUACUGUCGGAUAACUUUAAAGGAAAAAGAAUCGUUCUUGUAGAUGAUUCAAUUGUGAGAGGCAACACUAUCUCACCCAUAAUCAAAUUGCUCAAAGAAUCUGGUGCAAAAGAGGUACACAUUCGAGUAGCUUCACCACCAAUUAGAUAUCCGUGCUUCAUGGGAAUAAACAUUCCCACAAAAGAAGAGCUUAUUGCCAAUAAGCCAGAAUUUGAUAGUCUUGCAGAAUAUCUUGGAGCCAACAGUGUUGUGUAUCUGUCGGUAGAAGGACUGGUUUCAUCUGUACGAGAAGAGAUAGAAUUUAAACAGCAGAAAGUGAAAAAGCAUGAUGUGAUUCAAGAAAACGGGAUUGGUCUGGAAAGCUUUGAAAAGAACGGUCACUGCACAGCCUGUCUCACUGGCAAAUACCCUGUGGAACUGGAAUGGUAGCUCGCCGGGCAGAUGUAUUGCUGCAGCAGACAGCUGGGCGAGAAGCGCCAGCGGUUACACCCUUCCUAUUUACCGGUACUCAGUUGGUACAAUAGAAAACGCCACAUGCUCGUGUACCCGUACAACUUUUGGGGUUUUUUUCUGGAAAGGUUACCAAAGCGUAUAACUGAACCUUGCUAAUUGCAUUUCAUACAGCAGUGUAGAGUGGUGGGGUUUUUUUGUUUGUUUAUUUUUUUUUGGUUUUUGUUUUGUUUUGUUUUUUUGCUAUAAGCAGUGGCAGACCCUUGCAGCUAGUAAGUGGCACGUGUCAGAUCCAUGUUUUAAAGGGUUUGUAAGAUGUUAGACUAAGACAGGAGAUAGGAGGCAGACAGGACAGGUGAGUUAAAUGUAGCAGUUCAUGCAGAGUUUGAAUGUAUCAGACCCCACAGGUGGCUAGCCUCCAUAGUUCUGGCUAUGGUUAGGAAUUUGGCUUCCCUAUCUAGCCUUAGACAAAGCUGUAUAAAGCAAAAACGAAAAUCAUCUUUUUGUGCCUCAGUUUCCCCACUUGUGCAGUGGGGUAUUUUUAUUGUUAAAUAAUUAUUGGGACUGUGAAUAAGUCCUACUCCUGGUGAUUAGAGCCAACAUUGCACCCCUAAAUUUGUGAUUUUUAAGUUUUAAAAGCUAAUAGUUACCAGCUCUUUUGAAACUAGUUUGUAGCUAAGGUUUCAUGGUGGAGGAGGGGAAAUACAGUUAGGCAUCUAUCUUUGGGAUUGUUGUAAAAAUCUGCCUAUGGAAAAGAUUUUCCUACAUUCGACCACAAAAUAUGAUUUGUCACACUUAGUGCCCUGUGCUGUAAGCCCAGCGAAUAACCCAGCACAUCUGAAAUGAAGCCAAAUGUUUGGAUCCCGACAAACCGUUUCUCCUUAGUUUUGCUUAACUAUCAUGCUUUUUGAAUGAAGUACUUAAUCACUCAUAAGCAUAUAUUCAUUUAUAUAUAAAUAUAUAUAUACAGACGUAUACACACAUACGUACAAUUGCAGUUAAUGAUCAGGAAGAAAUAUGGUAGGGACCAAGUUUUUUUAAGUAUCAAGGAGACAACUACUUUUUUGACAUUUGAAUGCCCACAUUUACUCAUCGACUUAUAAUCACUCUUUUCUGCUUGAUUAGGGUCUAGAGAAUUUGAUUUUUUAAAAAUAUUUUUCUUAUAACAUCUGAGAUUUAGGUUAAGGUGACUUACCCAUCAACCCUGCUUCUGUAAGAUUUUUUAAACAUGAAAGUGUUUGUUUCUGUUGUGUUACCACAGUCUGACGUAUAUAGCAUUCAAGUCUGCUUAGAAGUGUAGUAUUUAUUAGUGGCUGCAGUUGCUGGUCUUCAUCUGGCGUAUCACCUGGUGUCCUGCAGCAGUGGCUCAGGUGCAGGCAGAGUGGCAGUGCAGAGCCCUGGGGCCAUGCUGGGGGCGCAACACCGAGGCAACGAGCCCCCGGACUCACAUGUGACCUGGCCUUCCUUACCUUCAAUUUGUGAAAAACAAGACACUCAGGGAAAGUACUACACCAAAAUCUGAUCAACCUUCAUGUUCUUCGUAGUUCAUUUCACUGAGAUGCUUUUAUAAAGGAAGAUAAUACUGUGACAGCUGGCUGAUGCUACAGAUUUCAUUGUUUUUCUCCAACAUGGACUUGGAUUUCACAAGUUUCUGACAUCUGAACUAAAUUACAGGUUUUUUUUUUUUUUUUUUAACUGAUGUAGUUUCAAAUGUUGUUUAACUGCUUUAAAUUUAUAUGAAAAUUGUAAACUGCGAAGAUGAGAACUGUGUUUUCACAGGAUCUAUAUUGUGAACUAAACUAAGCCUAUGUUUUUGUGACCUCUUUGUGAUGCCUUGGUUGCAAAUAUAUGUAAUAAGCGUAUUUGAACACGUAUGUGCUUUUUGAAAAACGGUGACUUCUAGUAAGUACUUGUCAGUAAACAGCACAAAGACAUGUAGGCUCCACUCUUGGUAUCAGCUAGUUAGAUCUUCUCUGAUCUGGACAUUUCAACAAAUAGACCAUCUCUUAUAAACCAGAAAAACCACUUGUUGAAAAUGAGGGACAAAUAAAGUUGUUAGAAAAAGCAAGACCCGCGUGGCUGUUUC